UGCUAAUCAAACAACUAACCUGAAUAUAUUUAGCUAAGGUUUAACCGCUCUGAUUUAAUUCGGCUUUUAUUUUUCUUUAAAUGCGAAAGUCGAACCCGGAAGUAAACUAACCCACGUGUCGGUGUGUGGAAAAAAUGUCGACGGAUAGUACAGAGAAAGAACCUAAACCUGCGUCCUCUCAGUUCGGGGACCAGAUUCCCUGGAAGAAAAGGAAAGCAGAAUUAAAGGAGAAACAAAAGCAGUGGAAAAAGGCUAAACUCAUCAAACAGUUAGAGAAGCAGAAACUGCGCGAUGCUGCAGAGAGAGUGAAGCAGGAGGAAAGCCCAAGUAAAAAAGGUCGAGCUUACACAGUGAGCGUGGCCCUCCCGGGCUCCGUCCUGGACAACGCUCAGUCUCCUGAGCUCCGAACGUACCUGGCCGGACAGAUCGCCCGAGCCUGCGUCGUGUUCAACAUCGACGAGAUCAUAGUAUUCGACGAGCAAGGGGAAGACGUCAAGACUGUUGAAGGAGAGUUUAAAGGUGUUGGAAAGAAGGGCCAUGCGUGCAUUCAGCUUGCCAGAAUACUUCAGUACAUAGAGUGUCCCCAGUAUCUACGCAAGUGGUUUUUCCCAAUGCAUAAAGACUUACAAUAUGCAGGUUUGCUCAAUCCUCUGGACAGUCCUCAUCACAUGAGGAUAGAUGAAGAGUCAGAAUACCGUGAAGGAAGAGUCCUCAACAAGCCGCCCAAACAAGGAAAGGGCUCUUUGGUAAACUGUGGAAUGAGGAAGGACGUCCGUAUCGAUAAACAACUGCAGCCAGAUCUACGAGUUACAGUGAAGCUCAAUAAGACACAGAAUCAAGAAAACAGACUUUAUAAAGGUGUUGUGGUGGCUCCUCAUGUGCCCAGGACAGAGGGGGGUCUUUACUGGGGGUACACAGUCCGCCUGGCAUCCUGCCUGAGUUCAGUUUUCACAGAGAGUCCAUAUAAAGAAGGGUAUGACCUGACUGUUGGCACCUCAGAGAGAGGCAGCAGCGUGGAUCAAGUAACAGUGUCACCAUUCAAGCACCUUUUGGUAGUUUUUGGAGGUCUCCAGGGUUUGGAAGCCAGUCUGGAUGCAGACCAGAACCUGGAAGCGACUGACCCCAGUGUCUUAUUUGAUCUGUACCUUAACACAUGUCCCGGUCAGGGCAGCAGGACCAUUAGAACUGAGGAGGCUAUUCUGAUCUCCAUGGCGGCACUGAGACAGAAGAUCACAGCUGCUUUUUCAGAUGUUUCCAGUAGUUCUUAAAAACCUUUUUUUUUAAGUGUCUGUACUAAUUUUACAUAUUUAAAUACAACUGAACAUGCUUGA